GUUUUGUUUUAAUAAAUAAAAUUUUAAUGAACUAAUACAUAAAUAGGAUAAAUCCCAAAGCAAAUACAACAUUGUAGUUAGUUUUUUUAUCAGCUGCUGGUGUCUGGUUAAUUAUUUUAUUAUUUUCAAAUUACAGAAAUUAUCAAUUAGAGAAGAAUGGGGAUUAUCUAGAUUGCAAGUUAAAAUAUGAUGGAAAUCUGAAAUGCAAGUUAAAUAAUAAAUUAUUGUUUAAAUAAAAAAUAAGCUCCUCUGAGAUUUCUGAUGCUUAUGUAUGCAAUACAAUUUUAGCUACCUACCCUAUAACAAUAAUUGAUAUAGUACUAAUAAUAAUUACAUUAACAAUGUGUGUACUAAAAUAAUCUAAUUUGCCUGGUAAUACAUAAACAUUCAAUUAUAUAUCGAUUAUUUUAAUUACAUUAUCAGGAAUAACUUUAUUUGUAGUAUCAAUAAUAUUGAUGACGGCUAUAAAUUAAUAUGAUUUUUAAGCAUGGGUGAUUGUAUCAUAAUUUUUGGUCUCACUAAUACUGUUAUUCAGUCUUAUUUUCAUUAAAAGAGAAGAACAACUAUCUUCAGAGAUAAGGAAACAAGAGUAAUUGAAUAAUGUAGAAAUUUAAUAGUAUGUAGUAUAUUGA